AAUGACAUUUUUUAAAAUUUUCAAAUUUCCCGCCGCCGCCCAUACGUCCCGACAUCACGGGGACCAGAACACAGAAGCCAGAUGCCGGCAUCAGCCGGAGGAGAUGGCCGGGGACGCUUCAGGGGACACAUCAUGGGAGCGAAGGACAAGGUAAGUGCUGCAGGGACUCCCUAUGCAGCGCCGCAUGGUAAGCCCGAGUGUAGCUCGGGGUUACCGCUUUUGGUACUAAAACUCUACCCCGAGCUACACUCAGGAAUACCGCCAGGGAGGGAGGUUAACAUAUCUAUAGUAUGGAUCACAAUGGAUAUAAAUUCAAAGUUAGUUCAGUUCAGGGAGGUUUCAGCAAACUUUAUUAAGGUUCAGACACCAAAUCUGCCCCCUGUUGAAGUCAAUUGGAGUCCA